AUGACUCACCUGCGGACCAGUAACCUUCGCUACCGUGCUGCUCUCAAGCCAGAGUUUCUGGCUAAGAAACCUCCCCCGAUGUACAAUGCACUCUACUUCCUUGUAUCCUAUCUCCCUGUCUCCCUUCACCCCAUCCAAGACCAUUUCCUUUCUCUCGACCCUAGCGAGCUCACCCUAGCCUCGUUUGAGUCACUGCUCUUGGAGGCUAAGACCAGUGCCUACGCUGUAGCUGCCUCCCGUGGUACUCCUCGCACCUCCUUCUUUGAGGGGUGUGCUCCUUCCCUACUUGCACCCUCUGUCGCCCCUGCUGCUACUGUUGACUUCCUCGGUGCUGAGGUAGCCGGUGCUGCGUCCGCUCUUAGCGGGAGGCGCAACAAGGGUGGGCGCCAGAAGGGCAAGGGUCGUGGGGGUGGCGGCGGGGAUGGCGGUGGCAGGGGCGGUGGUGGUGGCGGUAGUAAGGGCGGUGGAGGUGGUGGUGGCCGGGGUGGUGGGGGUGGCGGGGGUGGUGGGGGUGGCGGGGGCGGUGGCGGCACUUUGGGUGGCGGAGGCGGCUUGGGUAGCAGUCGUGGUGGAGCCAGCUGGGGUGGAGGUCAGGGAGUUGCGUCUGGAUACACGGCUAGUGGGGGCGGAGGUUUUGGGGGUGGACAGCAGCAGCAGUCGCGUCGGUAG